GCUAUUAUCAAUCCACGUGUCAUCACUGUACUCGUCAACUACUUCAUCUUCCCAACCUCGAUCAGAUAUAGAUAGACACACUCCGGCUUCCUGUUGAUCAAUGCAAUAGAAGAUUCCACAGAGAGCAAAACUGUUCAACACUUCAACUACCAAAAUUCGAAGAACAUAUAUAUAUCAUGAGGAUGCAGUUGGAAACCGGUGGUGGCCUCAAGUGUUUUCCGGCGGGGUGGAACGUGCCAGCGAAGCCGUGUGAUUCGUGUAAGACCGCCGUGGCGUUGCUGUUCUGCCGUAAGGACACCGUGUUCUUGUGUCUUGCGUGUGAUGUGAAGAUGCAUGGCCACGUAAGACACGAACGUGUGUGGAUGUGUGAAGUGUGUGAACAGGCGCCGGCGAGUGUGACGUGUAAGGCGGACGCCGCCGCGUUAUGUGUGACGUGCGACAGAGAUAUACAUUCGGCGAAUCCGCUUUCUCGCCGACAUGACCGGAUUCCGGUGGUUCCGUUUUAUGAUUGUGCUGAUAUCCUGAUGAAGUCCUCCGCCUGUGACUUCCUCGAACUUAGCUCCGGGAACGGGAAUGACGAUAUGAACAGUUCUGUAACAAACGACGACGAUAUUAAUUGGGGAAUUCCGGCGGAUACAGUCAAUAUCGAUGUUAAAUUUCCUAGCGACGACAGUUCUCCGGUGGAUAUCAAAUCAAUCGAAAUGUUAUUUCCGGAAUCCGAUCACCUCCUUGAUUUCGAUUUCCCUGUUCCAACGGACACAAAAUUCCACAGCCACUUCCAUAAUCACGAUUCAGUAAACGACAGUGUAGUUCCGUUCCACGUGUCGCCGCCGGCAAAGCAUUUUCCACCGCCACCGGAAACUCAAAAUCGAUACGAGAUUGAUUUCACCAGAUCUAAUAUCAAUUCCUUCAACAAAAACAGUUAUCUCUCUCAAUCGCUCAGCCAUAGUGUAUCUUCGUCUUCAAUCGAUGUGGGUAUCGUCCCGGAAGGAAAUUCAAUGUCCGACGUAUCUCAUCCGUUCGUUCUACACGUGAGCGGCGGUGGCGAGUUGAACGGAGCCACCACCGGUUCUCAACAAGCUACACAAUUGUCCGGGGUUGAUAGGGAGGCUAGGGUUAUGAGAUACAGGGAGAAAAGGAAGAACAGAAAAUUCGAGAAGACAAUCCGAUACGCAUCACGGAAAGCAUACGCCGAGACACGGCCGCGAAUCAAAGGUCGAUUCGCGAAGAGGACGGAAUCCACAGAUUCCGAUGUGGAUAGGUGGUUGUUCACGGCGUCGACGGGGGUUUCCGCGAAAAGUUGUUACGGUGGGGAGGUGGAGUACGGCGUCGUUCCGUCGUAUUGCCGGGAGUUUUGAUUUGAUUCGAUAGUAUCUUGAAUCUUGAUGUUGUAAUAUGUGUAUAAUUUGGCGGAAAAUCGGCUGAAAUUAGUUUUGUUUUAAUCUAAUUUACUGAGAUUCUGAAUAAUUAGGUGUGUGUUUACGUUGCUAAUGAUGGUGGUACGAUAGGUAUCAGAUCUGACUAUUGACCUCAUCCAAGGGGCAACUGUUCAGUCGACAGGUCGCUCCAAAUUUUCAUAAGUCAAAGGUAGUAAUGACUAUUUGGGUCACCAAGAUCACUACUAUUCUUAACGUGGAAUAUUACAAAAGAGUAAAUUACAUAAAUGGUCUAUGUGGUUAUAUGGUUUUUUUUAAUCUAAGGCUAGUUAUUUAAAUUGUUUACACUAACGAUCCUUAUGAGUUUUGUUUAUUUCAUGUUUGGUGUCUAAUAGAUAUGAAAUAAUUAAAUUUCUCUUAUUAGAUAUAUAUAUUUUUU